UAAGAUGAGGAGAUAGCAAAUCGUAAAACUGUAAUUACAUGUAGAUCUAGUUGUGUGUGAUUUUGUGAGGGGAGGGAGUCAUUUCAUAAAAAGUUAUUUGAAGCGAUAUAUAAAUGUGCAUAUAUAUCAAACCACGGUCAAUGUACGAUUCAGCUCUAUCAUUCUGACUGGGAUGAGAUUUGGUAGAAUGACUAUACAUUUACAGAAAGGAAAUUAUAAUAACUCAAAAUGUAAAGAAUACUGAAACUGAUGAUAUUUUACAGGUGUCUUCCGGUGCCCCCUUAAUUCCUUGUAUUUUUAAAUGUUCAAUUUCAUGGGUAUUUCGGGUGUAUUCUACACAAAAUAUGUAAAUACAGAGUAUUUUUAAUUCAGUGUAAUACAUAAGUCUGAUCUAUAUGUUUAUGUGGGAGAUUUGCCAUGUGAACAUGAUAAAAAGCGUAAGGUCUAAGCUAAUGAAUCAUCCCUUGGAGCGAAACGUCCCGCAUUAAAUUUGGUCCUAGUUAGUUUUUUUUUAAUUGGUCCUAGUUAGUUUUUUUUUUUAAUUGGUAUAAAUUAAAUUAUUCUAGAUUUAUAAUUCAUGAUAUUCAUGUUUUUCACUGAUUAUCUACACGUUAUCACUUAAACAUGAAUGUAUGAUAGAAAAAUUGGUAGGUGAAUUAAUUACGAGGUACUAUGGACGAUCGGGUUCGGGAUAACAAUUUUGGCGUAGCUUUUAUUGAUGGCGGGACGCCGUGCCGCGGGUUAGACCAAAGUGAAGAUUUCUGAAAUGAAUGCAAAAAGGAAAAUCCGGAAAAGAAAAGUUGAAGAAUCAUUGCUGCUUAACUCUGAACAAAGAGAGUCUGAUGAAAAGGAGAAUUUUGAAGCAAAAUUCAUUAAUGAAGAAAUAGGGCAAGGUGUAUUUGCCAAAAAAAAAUUUAUUGAAGGAGAGAUACUACUAGAAUAUAGGGGAGAACUCAUCGAAGGAGAUUUUGAUUUUGAAGAUGACACAUAUGUUUUUCAAUUACACUUUAAAAGAAAGCAAUUUUGCAUUGAUGCUACCGAAAACAGAUCAUUUGGAAGAUUACUAAAUGAUGAGCACAAAAAACCAAAUUGUAAAGCAACGAUAAUUGAAGAAGAUGGUAAACCCCAUGUAUAUUUUGUUGCUGUCAGAGACAUAAACACUGGGGAAGAACUACGAUAUAACUAUGGUCCAGGAAUUUAUAGUUGGAGAACCUCUAAAACGCGCCAAAGAUGCAAAAUAGGUGGAGACAAAGACUCUAAGCAAGGAUCCACCACCAAAGAUUUAGACUCUCCGAGAGGAUCCACCACCAAAGGUUCACAUUCAGGCUCUCCGCGAGGAGUCACCACCAAAGAUUCAGACUCUAUGGGAGGAUCCACCACCAAAGAUUCACACUCAGACGCUACACAAGGAGCCACCACCAAAGAUUUACACCAAGACUCUACACGAGGAGCCACCACCAAAGAUUCAGACUCUACACAAGGAGCCACCACCAAAGAUUCACACCAAGACUCUACACAAGGAGCCACCACCAAAGAUUCACACCAAGACUCUGCACAAGGAGCCACCACCAAAGAUUCACACCAAGACUCUGCACAAGGAGCCACCAUCAAAGAUUCACACCAAGACUCUACACGAGGAGCCACCACCAAAGAUUCACACUCAGACUCUACACAAGGAGCCACCACCAAAGAUUCACACCUAGACUCUGCACAAGGAGCCACCAUCAAAGAUUCACACCAAGACUCUACACGAGGAGCCACCACCAAAGAUUCACACUCAGACUCUACACAAGGAGCCACCACCAAAGAUUCACACCAAGACUCUACACAAGGAGCCACCACCAAAGAUUCACACCAAGACUCUGCACAAGGAGCCACCAUCAAAGAUUCACACCAAGACUCUACACGGGGAGCCACCACCAAAGAUUCACACUCAGACUCUACACAAGGAGCCACCACCAAAGAUUCACACCAAGACUCUACACGAGGAGCCACCACCAAAGAUUCACACCAAGACUCUGCACGAGGAGCCACCACCAAAGAUUCACACUCAGACUCUACACAAGGAGCCACCACCAAAGAUUCACACCAAGACUCUGCACAAGGAGCCACCAUCAAAGAUUCAGACUCUACAGGAGGAUCCACCACCAAAGAUUCAGACUCUCCACAAGGAGCCACUACCAAAGGUUCACAUUCAGACUCUAUGCGAGGGGCCACUACCAAAGAUGCAGACUCUAUGCGAGGGGCCACCACUAAAGAUUCAGACUCUCCACGAGGAGCCACCACCAAAGAUUCAGACUCUCCGCGAGGAGCCACCACCAAAGAUUCAAACUCUCCACGAGGAGCCAUCACCAAAGAUUCAGACUAUCCACGAGGAGCCACCACCAAAGAUUCAGACUAUCCACGAGGAGCCACCACCAAAGAAUUAGACUCAGACUCUAUGCAAGGAUCCACCACCAAAGAUUUAGACUCAGACUCUAUGCGAGGAGCCACCACCAAAGAUUCAGACUCUACACGAGGAACCACCACCAAAGAUUCGGACUCUACACGAGGAGCCACCACCAAAGAUUCAGACUCUACACAAGGAGCCACCACCAAAGAAUUAGUCUCAGACUCUAUGCAAGGAUCCACCACCAAAGAUUUAGACUCUAUGCGAGGAACCACCACCAAAGAUUUAGACUCAGACUCUAUUCAAGGAGCCACCACCAAAGAUUUAGACUCAGACUCUAUGCAAGGUUCCACCACCAAAGAUUUAGACUCAGACUCUAUGCAAGGAGCCACCACCAAAGAUUUAGACUCAGACUCUAUGCAAGGAGCCACCACCAAAGAUUUAGACUCAGACUCUAUGCAAGGAGCCACCACUAAAAAGUCAGACUUUACACGAGGAUCCACCACCAAAGAUUCACGCUUAGAAGAUGUUGGGAUGUGUCUUGCAAAAAUAACGGUGAUCAAGAAGGAUGAUAGUUUAGGAGCCAUUUACCAUAUGAAUGAAGAGGAAUGUGUCAUUGGAAGUGGAAGAGAGUGUAAUAUAAAAGUGUCCCUAACAAAUGUUGACAAUAUUCAUGCAGUUGUUGCAGUUGACAGAUUCAAGGCUUCCGUAACAAAUUUUAGUAAAAAGUUUCCUGUCAUUCUCAAUGGAAAACCAAUUGAAAUUGGCAAAGAAUUGAAUGAUGGAGAUAUGUUGGUCAUUGGUGGCAGAAAAUUUUUAUUCAAUCAUAAGAAAAGUUGCAAUAGUCACUGGGAUCUUUUUGAGGACUCGUCUGAACAUUCUGAUCCUUUUGACCCAGACUAUGAAAUGUCAGAGGAUGCAGACAAUGUGACUUCAGAAGACAGUUGUGAUGAAAUAAUUGAGGAAGAAGUUGAACAUGUUUCAGAUUCAGGUUCGGAUGUUAUUCCUUAUCAAGGACCACUCCAAUUUUUGGACCAGGAGGAAACAGUUAGUUCAACAUCAGAGCUUAUGGCUUUAAAUUCAGCAUCAAAGCACCAAAAGCAAAGAGCUACAGAUUUUGUAAUCAAGAAUGACAUCAUUUCAAGUACCGUUAAAGAUGUGGAAGUUCAGCAAUCUGGGAAUCAGGAUGGGAUUCGUGUUUGGGACAAGGUACACUAUUGUGUGUACUGCGAAAAAGGAUUCACCAAUAUAACUAAACAUUAUUUGGGAGUACAUUCAAAUGAAACAGAUGUGCAACAUAUCAAAUCUCAUCCUUUAAAGUCCACCAAUAGAAAACUUGCCCUAAUGAAGCUGAGAAACAGUGGUGAUUUUCAACACAAUUAUGAAGUGUUAAGAACACGCCAUGGAACUUUAGUAACUUUUACUAGAAAUUGGAAUGAAACUUCUGCAGACCAAUUUCUUCCUUGUCAAUAUUGUUUGGGAUUUUUCCUUAAAUCUUCUUUAUGGCGACACACCAAAAAUUGUCCGUUUGCUCCUGAAAGAAAAGAAAAAUACAGAAAAGUAUCAUCACAAUCCAUGCUGCUUCUUCCAACUAGCACAGAUGUUAGCGAAGGCCUAAGAGAAAAGGUAUUAAACCGAAUGUCUGCUGAUGAAAUUAGUAUAGCAGCCAGGAAUGAUCCUAUUAUUGUGAGAGUUGGAGAAAAACUUUAUCAGAAACAUGGACACUUGACUCACCUCUAUACAUAUGUAAGUCAAAAGAUGAGAGAACUUGGAAGAUUACUGAUUUUACUUAGAGAAACUGACAAAGAUAUUAAUUCUCUAGAUGAUGCAAUCCAUCCAAAGAAGUACCCUGCUGUGGUAAAAUGUACAAAAACUCUAUGUGGCUUUCAAGAAAACUCAAAUUCAUACAAUAAUCCAUCCUUAGCACUGAAGUUGGGACAUUCUCUUAAAAAAUGUGCAAAAAUAAAAAAUUCUAUAGCCCUGAUUCAAGGAAAUGGAAAUUCAACCAAAGACGCAGAGGGAUUUUUCACUCUGUGUGAAAACGAAUGGACUGAUUCAGUCUCAAGCAGUGCAUUUCAGACGUUGGCAUCAAACAAAUUGAACAAAGGUCAUGGAUUACCUCUCGCAGAAGACAUCCAAAAAAUGCAAACUCUUCUGAAGGAAAAAACUGAAGAGCUUGUUAUUCAGCUACAAAAAUCAGUGAAGAAAUCUGUAUGGGAUGAGCUGAAUCAAGUGACAUUGGCCAGACUUGUGAUGUUUAACAGACGCAGAGGUGGAGAGUCAGAGAGAAUGACACUUGCAUCUUUCUGUAAAAAAAGGUCAAAGAGUGACUCACUAAAAGAAAUUGAAGAUUCCUUAAAACCACUUGAAAGAAUCCUCUGUAAAACCUUUUCAAGAGUUGAAAUUCGUGGAAAAAGAGGACGCAUGGUCCCAAUCUUAAUAACACCAGCACUAGAGAGGAGCAUAGUUUUGCUAAAUGAAACCAGGGAACAGGCUGGAGUAAGUAAAAGCAAUCCUUAUGUCUUUGCCAGGUCAGGCUUCAGUUCCCUUAACCCAAUCCGAAGCUCAGAUUGUCUUCGAAAGUUUGCUGAAGAAAGUGGGGUUAAAAACACUCAGAAUUUGACUAGUACAAAGCUGAGGAAACACGUUGCUACAGUAUCACAAAUUUUAAAUUUAGAGAAAAGUGACAUUGAAAUCAUGGCAGGUUUCCUUGGACAUGACAUUAGGGUGCACACAUCAUUUUACAGGCUCCCAAGCGAUACAUUACAGAUUGCAAGAAUGGGAACAAUUCUGACUGCUUUUGACAACGGAGAAAUUUCAAAGUACAGUGGAAAAUCAUUGGACCAAAUUGCCUGUGAAGACAUUAAACUUGGCAAUGAAGAAGGUGAAGAGGAUAUGAGCAGUAGUGGAGAGGAAAGUGAUGAAGACAAUUGUCACAGAGGAAAAAAGAGGAAGCUGAAUCCUCCAAAAGAAGCUGCAGAGAAUGAAUCUGACAGUGAAGAGGACAAUGAGAAUGCACAUGGCAUGACUAAGAAAGAAAGGGAACAUGGGAAAAAUACAAAAACAGGCUCCUCAAAGAAACCAGGAAGUGAUGACCAAUACGUGAAAGGGAAACCUAAAAGAGUGCCAAAUACACGGCAUCAGUGGACACAAGAUGAGAAAGCUGCCCUAUUGAGAAAUUUUAAGAAGCCUAUUUCUUUAGGAAAAACACCUGGCCAAUUGGAUUGCUUAAAUGCUAUUAGGCAAGAGACAUGUUUAGCCAAGUUCACUUGGAAACAAAUAAAGUUUGCUGUAAAAAAUCUCAUUACAUCUGAAAGAAGACAAGUGAAGAAAAUGACAAAACAGGUGUAGAUUUCUUUACAAAGGAUGCAAAAAAUAUCUUCAAAGAGAUGCAACUGGAUAGGUGAUGUAAGAGAUGUAACUCAGAUGAUUUAAAAGAUGUAACUUAGAGAAAUGAUGUAACUUGGAUAUAUUACUUUAUUUUCAUUUCACUUGUACCAUAACUAUUUUCCCCCUUCCUGUCCUUAUUCUGUAAUGUGUUUUAAACUGAUUUUUUAAAUUUUGCUUAUUGUGUUUUGGUACAAGUUUGAUCAAAAUUGGGGAAACUUCCUUUGUAACUUCAUUAUAUUCAUUCCCGCGGAACUAAUUGGUAAUGCCAACUUGAUGCAACCCGUGAAAAACUUUCUUGCAAGCUGGUCUCUUGGAAGAGAUCUGCCAUGAAUAUGUGUUUGUCCAUCUUUCAUCCAUCUGUCCAUUUGUCACACUUUAGUUAAGUUUUAAAGAAAUUGUAGAAUAUACUUUUAUUGAAUUCCAUAUGCUGAUACAUAUUGGUUAGUGUUAUUCAAUUGCAUGUUAACUUUCCUUUGGUCUUAACCUUACUUUUCUUGAAUUUGCAUUUAGUUCAGUAUCAAAGAAACUUUAAGAUAUUUCUAGGAAAACUCAUACACUAAUACAUAUUGGUAAGAGCUAUUCAACUGUGUCAAAAAUCGUUGGUCUUGAGUUCAAUGUUACUCAUUUUGUGUUUAGCUUAGUUUUAAAGAAAGUAAUCAAGAUUUUUUUCUUCAAAUUAUAUAUUAGUAAGAGCUAUCCAACUGCAUCAAAAUUUUCUUUACCUUGACCUUCCGUAUGACCUUUACCUCACAAUUCCUUAAUUAGUAAUUAGCUCAUUUUCAGAAAAAGUAUUCCGGAUAUUUCUAUUAAAAUUCAUACACUGGUACAUACUCAUGAGAAUUAUUCAAUUUAAUAUAAGUCUGACCUUAACCUUGCAAUUCGUCAUUUUACAUUUACUUAAAGGAUGAACUUUAAACAAUUAAGUUAUUCCUUCUUUCAUCAUAUAUUACUAUAAGCUCAGACCAAAGAAGCAGGAUAUUUUUUUUUUCAUUUUACAAUACAAAUGUACAUUGGGUGGGACAUUCAUGUUUCUAGUUCAUUGAUGUUUUAGAAAUGUGAAGCUUUUCGGCUUACCUCAGAUAAAAUACUUUGAAAUCGCCAUGGACUGAGAAACAAUAAAAUAAAGUUUAUUCUUAUAUCAGUUGUUUUAAUGCAUAUUUUUUAAGAAGGUUAUGUUACAUGGAAUGUAAAAAUGAAUUGAAUCUUUGAACACUGGGUCCUUUUGAUGUAUGCUGUAGCGCUGUAGACAAUGUGUCCUAUGUGUACAUUUAUAUGCAUAGAAAGUGUACAUAUAUAACAUUUGAGAAAUGAGUUAAUUUGAUAGUACAUACUAGUCUGAGUAGCAGAUAUUGUCACUUAAAUACAUCUACAAGCUAUGGUAAA